AUGUGGAACGACGAGGACAAUAACCCCUAUGGGGCAUUUGACCAGCAUGAGACUCAUCUGUCGGACUCGCUUCAUUCGGCCGCACUCUCCGCUCCCAAUUUUGAACAUGACUCUACCCCUCCUUCCAGUCGCGACUCCAAUAUUGACCCGCCGGACUACAUAUCUCGUCCGGAAGAUCUGAGCGAUCCCGAGGAGGCCGACUAUGGUGCCGCGAGCCAGCAAUACCCGCGAAAGAGUGUUUACGACAGCCGUAUCGAGCAGAUCCUCUACGAAAACCCGGAUAUGUUGAUCAUGAUCACGGAUGCGGGAAAGAAUCAUGAAGGUGGCGGAAGCUUUAUAGUCUACACCAUUCGCACUGCGGACAUCGAGGUUCGCCGACGAUAUUCCGAGUUCGCUUCUCUACGACAGACCCUUGUUAAUCUUCAUCCGACCUUGAUUGUUCCCCCGAUUCCCGAGAAGCAUAGCAUGGCGGAUUACGCCGCCAAACCGACCAAGGCUAAAGAGGACACGGCUAUCAUUGAACUACGCAAGCGCAUGCUCGCAGUAUUUCUGAAUAGAUGUCGCCGGAUGAAGGAAAUCCGCGAAGAUGGGGUCUGGUGGCGUUUCCUUGAUCCAAAUGUGAGCUGGAACGAGGUACUACACUCCCAUCCAGCCUCAUCCGUGCCAAAGAACAAUCUCAAAGCGCCUCCCCUUGACCCCGCAAACCCAACACAGGCCCACGGCUGGCUGCCUGUACCCUCCGCUUCCGCGAAACUAAAACAUGCGGGCGGGAUGAGCGCGUCCCCUGGUGGGGCAGGAUCCUCAACAUCACCAGGCGAAACCACCGAUGGGCCGCCGUCCUCUAACCCUGGCCCGGAGAUCCUUGGACGCUUCCCACCUGAAUCACGUAAGCUGAGUGAGCAGGAACUGGACCCGUACUUUGUGAACUUCGAGGCUUCAACGCGGGAAUUGGAGCUACUGUUGCAAGGCAAUAUCGAGAAGGUGAGCCGGCGAACGUUGUCUCACCUGUCGUCUCUAUCUGGAGAUCUCAUGGAGCUGGGCGCUCGUUACAAUGGGUUUUCCUUGUCCGAACAAUCGCCCACUGUGGCUGCGGCUAUUGAGCGCAUUGGCCAGGCAGCGGAUACAUCGUACAUCGAAACCGAGGAGCUCUCUAAUGCGCUGAGCGCCCACUUCGCCGAGCCAAUGCGUGAGAGCGCUCAGUUUGCGAGCGUAGUGCGUGGGGUAUUGCGCUAUCGUGUACUAAAACGCGUCCAGGAGGACAUGACUCGAGACGAACUGGCGAAAAAGAAGACCCUGCUGGACUCUCUCGAACGGAGCGAGCUCGAAGCUAAACGCAUUGAACAGUAUCUCAACCGCACGACUUCUCAAACUCCAAAUACUAAGCCGCGGCGUUCUUUGUCGACCUCAUCUGCCGCCAGUAGCGAAGGCGGGAGUGCUGUCGAGACCUCUGCCGACGCGGAAUUCCCACCCACCCAUGGCGAGUCUCUCAAUCCCUCGGUGGCGUCGCAGAGUCGGCCGGACGCAUCAGCAUCCUCGCCCCCGGCCCACCGAAAAACCUCCAGUGGGAGCUUUGUGACCAACAAGCUCUUCGGUCGCAUCAGUCACGCAAUUCACGGCUUUGCAGACGUCGACCCCGAACGGACGCGUCGCGAUCAGAUCGGAAAGACCAAGGAGAGUCUCAUUCAGUUGGAGCAAGCUCUUGAGGUGUCGGAGAAGGAUGUAAAGGACGCUAGCGUGGGCGUGUUGCAGGAUCUGCGACGCUUCCAGAAGGAUAAGGAAGUCGAUCUCCGGCGAUACAUGGUCGCAUAUGCCCGCUGUCACUUGGAUUGGGCGCGGAAGAAUCUCGAGACCUGGACCGAGGCCAGGGACGAGGUGGACAAGAUCGUUGCACGGUAG